AUGCCUACACCCGAGUCCGCCGCGUUCCUCGCGAAGAAACCUACCGUACCCCCCACCUUCGACGGCGUAGACUACGAUGACAACCGGCAGUUGAAGGCGGCCCAAGAUGCGAUUAUCCGAGAGCAAUGGGUUAAGAGCAUGAUGGCGAGGCUUGUGAGGGAGGAGAUGGGGAAGUGCUAUUACCGGGAAGGCGUGAAUCAUCUGGAGAAGUGUGGGCAUUUGAGAGAGCGGUACUUCGAGCUAUUGAAGGAGUCGAAGGUCCGAGGGUACUUGUUCGAGCAGCAGAACUACAUUCCGAAGUCAUAG